AUGGAUAAAGAAGGAGGAUAUAACAACAUACCACCUCUGUUAGAUGGAUCAAAUUAUAACUGGUGGAAAAAGUACAAAGAGGGGAAUGUGUCCUUAAAACCUGAAGAAGAUUGGUCUGAAGAGGAUGAUAAAUUGGCUCUUGAAAAAUCCAAAGCUUUGAAUGCUUUAUUCAAUGGAGUGGACAAGAAUGUUUUCAAGUUGAUAAAUAUUUGUACUGUUGCCAAGGAUGCUUGGAAAAUCCUCAGAAUAACUCAUGAAUGCACAUCUAAUGUGAAUAUGUCUAUACUUCAGCCUCUCAUUUCUAAAUUUGAAAACUUGAAGAUGAAUGAUGAUGAGACUAUCCAGAAAUAUCAUAUGAAUAUUCUUGAAAUAGCAAAUGCAUUUAGUGCCUUGGGAGAAAAGAUGUCAGAAGAAAAUCUUGUAACAAAAAUUCUUAGGUCUCUACCUAGGAAAUUGGACAUGAAGGUAACAGUAAUUGAAGAAGCUCAUGACAUCAGCACUAUGAAGGUUGAUGAAAUUGUUGGCUCACUUCGAACUUUUGCAUCCAGUACUAAAGAUGAUCUAGAUACUGAGGAAGGAUUGUCCAAUACCAUUAUUUUACUUGGAAAAUAA